GCCUUUCCAGUAUUUCAUUAAACAGAUCAUUAGACUACUAACUAACUCCUUUAAAUUUCUAUAGAUUCACGGUUAUGUUUGGUUGCAUGGCUUACAAAUAUGUUACACAGCGCACAGCUUUAAAACCAUUUUUACGUUUCAGCAGUGUCUCACCAACUUUAUAUACCACCAAUAAUGGUGCUGACAAAGGAGGCGGAAGCCAGAAGCCGCCAGCCAACGAGAUGCACAAGUGUACGAAGGACAAUAAGAAAAACUUUGCCUGUGGUAUCAAUGCGGAGUAUAUGGAAUAUCUGUUUACCAAAUGGGUGCGCGAUCAUAAAUCUGUACAUGAGUCGUGGCAUGAGUACUUCAGCGAACUCUUACUGGGAGAGAAGCAUGUGAUAAAAAGUUCUAAGGCGAAUGCGAAUACCGAAUUGAAGCCUCAGGGCAUUGAGGCAAAGCCGAAUAAUGUUAAUUCCAACGUUAAAAGCAUUGAGUCUAUGUCAAAUAAUGAAAAUUCCAACGUAAAAGGCAUUGAGCACAAGUCCCUUGAGCCAAAUAAUGCUGAUUCUAACGUAAAAGGGAUUAAGCCCAAGGCGCCAAUAGAGAAGACAAUAGAAUCAAUAAAACCAGUUGCACCAAUAGAGAAAACAAUAGAAUCAAUAAGACCAGUUAAUAAAUUUGUAGGUCUCUCAUCCAAGAGAAAAAUGAGCUCGGAAAGUCCACAGUCAGAUGUUACCUCAUACUUAAAGAAAGCUAAAGACAAGUUAUUAAAUCCAAAUAGUAAUAAGAGCAGCAGCACAAAAAUAAACACUAUGACAGGCAUGGAGCAUAUGAGGAAACUACAACAGGAAAUGAGAGUUGUAAGAGAGAAAGAUAUAGACGGGAUUGCAGACACAGUUCAGGUUGACAAUAAAAAUAAAAUUGCUCAAGAUCAAAAUACGGAAAAACUAAAGGAACUAGUUUUAAACAAUGAUAAAGAGCUAAGUGCUAUGCCCAAAAUUAUCAAGGAGGAGACACAUCCGAAUAGCCAAGAAUCCGCCCAACUGCAGGCCGGCAGCGAUAUCCUUAAUCCACCAGAUAAUGAACAGGUGUCUUUGGGCACCAUAAUCUUAACACCCGUGAGCAAUGAAGUUACCAAACGAAUGCCAGGACAACCGCCAAGCGUAACAGAACUCAUAGGCAAGCUGGCUGAUGACGAAGCUCAACUAAUGAAGGAUAAUAACAAGAGCUCCAAUGCAAAGCUAAGCAAUGAACAACGUAUCAAGAAAGCUUUCAAGUUUAAUCUAUUAAGUAAAGAUCUCAAGAAGGAGAUAACAGCUGCUCUGGAACGUAUAGAGAAGCAAAAGUUGGCCAAGAACAAAAAGUAGUAAUCAAAUGUAACUAAAAUUUCAAGCUAACCAAAUUCUAAAAUGUAAAAUAGACUUGUAAACUCAG